GGUUUCCGCUGCCGCCGGUCCCGAGGAGGACGAGCACAACAAUCUUAUUCACGGCGGUGUAGCUCAUAGGCUCCGCGUCAGCGAGGAAAAUUUUGAAGAGUACGCUGAAUCUCGAUUUCUCGCGCCGUUCAAAACCAGAAUCGAGUCAAGAUGAGUCGUCGACGAGCCUACGAAGAUGAUGACGAGGACGAUCUACGCUACCGCAAGAGGCGUCGUAUGGUGUCCGAACCCCAAGAGAUCGAAGAUAAACUCGAAACGCUCAUAGUCCGCGUUGGAGAAAAAAGUACUUCAUCGCUGGAAUCCAAUCUAGAACAGUUAUCCGGUGUUCUUGUGUCAGAUCUAUCCAACUUCAAGUCCAAUGUCCUGAAGAUCCUGAUCGACUGUGCUCAGAAGAUGCCAGAAAAAACAACAAUAUAUUCGACGUUGGUGGGACUCUUGAACGCGAAAAACUAUUCUUUCGGUGGCGAAUUUGUGGAAGUCCUCUCGAAGAGUCUCAAGGACUCGCUGAAGAACCAAGAGUGGGACACCGCGAGAUACUGCGUCCGUUUUCUGGCUGAUCUGGUCAAUUGCAAAGUCAUCAACAUCAACAGCAUUCUCAACCUAUUGGAGAAUUUCGUGGCUGUAACCAGCGAGGAGAGUAUCCCGCAGGUUCGAGGUGAUUGGUAUGUCUUCACGGUCUUAUCGAGCCUGCCGUUCGUCGGGAGAGAACUACACGAAAAGAAAGAUCAAGAACUCGAUCGGCUGCUCCGUCAGAUCGACUCAUACAUCGGUCGGCGUAGGAAAACACACCUGCCUGCGCUCCAAGCCUGGAGCUCGGACACUCCACAUCUCCAGGAAGAGUAUCUGGACUGUCUGUGGUCUCAGAUCUGCAAAUUACGCAGCGACAAAUGGACCGAAAACCAUUUGGCUAGACCGUACUUGGCGUUCGACGGCGCGCUCUCUGAAGCCCUGCAACACAAUCUCCCGGUCAUCACUCCCCCGCCACAUUCGACCGAAUUCGUGUAUCCCUCACCUUGGGUCGUUUUCAGGCUUUUCGACUACACCGAUUGUCCCGAUGGCCCUUCACUGCCUGGAGCUCAUUCGAUCGAGCGCUUCUUGAUCGAGGAGCAUCUCCAUCGAAUUAUCCGAUUGCACCACAGGGAGCGGAAGCAGUGUGCCGCCGCGCUGCUCUCCUUCCACGGGAAGAGUAAAGUUCCCUUCGAAUACAUGAUAACCGAGGUGAUCUUCGGGGAGCUUUUCCUUCUGCCGAAUUCCCCGCAUCUGGACAUCUGUUACGGCAGUCUCCUCCUCGAACUCUGUAAAUUACAACCCAGCACCAUGCCGCUCGUAUUGGCGCAGACCGUGGAACUGCUCUACGAAAGGCUCGAUACGAUGCACACGAAUUGUAUAGACAGGUUCUGCAGCUGGUUCGCAUACCAUUUGUCGAACUUCCAAUUCCGAUGGACUUGGGAAGAUUGGCUCGACGCGGCCUCUUUCGACCAUCUCCAUCCGAAGCCCAUGUUCCUGCAAGGCGCCCUAGCGAAGUGCAUGAGGCUCUCGUAUCACCAGAGGUUGAUGGAGAUCAUCCCUCAGGACUUACAGCAGUUUGUGCCGAAUCCUCCGCUUCCGAAAAUCAAGUACGGAGAAAACGCUCCGGACGACACACCGGGUCUGGCCAUUUCGAAGAAACUGACGGAGGCAAUCAAGAGCCGCUGCACCGACGAAGAGGCCAUGGAGAUCAUCCAAGAGCUCGGCAAGACCUCACCUGGAGACGAAGCGAUGGACACGGGGGCAAACUUCGACUUGCUGAAGGUCGACGUAUUCGUGCAUACUUUAAUGGCGAUUGCUUGCAAAACGAUGUCGCACUCUUUCGCCGGAAUUGCCAAGUUUCAUUUCGUGUUCAAAAAACUCAGCCAAGGCUCUGACGAGAAACAGCUCCAGAUCCUUUUCUCUGUUUACGAAAUCUGGAAGGAUCACCAUCAGAUGAUGCAGGGCAUCAUCGAUAAAUUCUUGAAGACACAGAUCGUGGAAGCAUCCACAGUCGCCAACUGGGUUUUCUCUAAGGAGCUCAAGGGCGACUUCCACAAGCCUUACCUAUGGGAGAUACUUCACCUCACGAUUCGCAUAAAAAUAAAACAAGUGAAAAAGCUGCAGUCCGAUCUUGAAGCCGCCAAAUCGCGGAAAGAAGACGACGACGAGGAGCCGAUCCCAAUUGAAGAUCUCGAGCGCAUGGAAGAAAAACUCGACGCUGCGCAAAGCGAGCUCAAGAACCUGUUUUUGAUCAUUUUCCAAAGAUUCAUUAUCCAGCUGACCGAGCACAUCGCUGCCUGCGAAGCCGAAGGGACCGAUUUCAGAACGCAGUGGUUCCGUUGGACGGUGGGACGGUUGUUGGAGGUAUUAUUUAGGCACCAUGAGCAUGUCUUCAACUACAUCACAACGCUUCAAAGUUUACUUUUCUCAUCGGAUGUGGACCCUCACAUCCUGGCGGUUUACGAGCAAUUCCUGGCCCUCCGUAAUUAAAUUGAAAGUCAUACCAAUUGUAUCCUAUAUUCAAUGGACGAUCUGAAUAAAGAAGUUUUCGU